CCAAAAUACACCGGUUUUAUGCGUUUUAGCAAGAAAGUUCGACGAAAAUGAAGGUACUACCCGAGCUGACGAAUCUGCGGCCGCAGUAUAAGGAAAUUCCGGCCAAACCCAACGAGAUUCUGGAAAGCUUGGGGCGACCGCACAUCGAUUCGUUCAAUUACAUGCUCGAGGAAGGAAUCGACGAUAUGUUGCACCGGCUGGAACCGCUGAUGUUCGAGCUUCCGAACAGUAACCGGAUUACGCUGCGGAUCUCGGAGCUGGACAUUGCACCACCGGCCGUGCCGAUGAGCAUGAUAAACGUGGUCGAGAAGCGUAUCUUUCCGUCCGAGUGUCGCCAAAAGAGUGACACGUACUCCGGUAUGUGCACAAUCCGGCUCGACUGGGAGCUAGAUGGUGUUCCGCAGCUUCCGAUCACCCGCGAAAUGGGUCGCCUCCCGAUCAUGCUGCGAUCGAAAGCCUGCAAUCUGGCCGACCUGUCACCGGCGGAACUGGUCGCACGGGGUGAGCACCAGGACGAAUGGGGUGGCCAUUUCAUUAUGCGCGGCAACGAGAAGCUCAUCCGUAUGCUGAUCAUGACACGGCGCAACUUCCCGAUCGUCGUCAGCCGGAAUGCGUGGAAGGAGCGGAGCAAAGACUUUAGCACCACCGGCGUGUUUAUUCGCUGCGUUCGCGAUGACCAACAUUCAACGAACAAUGUGCUGCAUUACCUUACUAAUGGGACAGCGAAACUGAUGAUCACCAUUCACAAGGCACUGCAGUUCAUCCCGGUGAUGUUGCUGAUGAAAGCUCUUACCGACUACACGGACAACAUCAUCUACCGGAAACUGAUGGCGGGUUGCGAAGACGAUCAGUACUUCAAGAAGUGCGUCAUGAGCAUGCUACGCGAUUUGCACGCCGAAAAUCUGCACAAUCAGCACGACUGUCGCCAGUUCCUGGGGGCCCUGUUUCGCGUCCGGCUCAAUCUGUACGGUCUGCCCAAGUGGUUCACCGACGAGCAGGCGGGUAGCUACCUGCUCGAGCAGUGUGUCCUCAUCCAUCUCGAUCGGCCCGAGGACAAGUUCAAUACGCUCGCGUACAUGCUCCACAAACUGUUCGCCGCCGUGCAAGGCCGCUGCCAGCUCGAAUCGCUCGACACCGUGAUGAUGCAGGAGGUUAUGCUCGGUGGCCACAUUCUACAGAAGCUGCUUCGCGAACAGUGCCUGCAAACGCUGCGGUACGUGCGCUUGAACCUUCUAAAGCUGCGGCCCGAGCCAAGCUCUCCGCUCGUGACCGUGACGGACGUGACGAUGGCCCUGAAAAAUGUGGUCGGAUUUCAGUCGGUAUUCGCGAACUUCCUCAGCACGGGCAACUUAACCCGGGCGGCCGACAUUGGGUUGAUGCAGGAAAGCGGACUGGUGAUCGUGGCGGAAAACAUCAACCGGAUGCGCUACAUGUCGCACUUUCGGGCCGUCCACCGGGGCUCCUUUUUCGUGACGAUGCGCACGACGGAAGCCCGCCAGCUGCUACCGGAUGCGUGGGGAUUCAUCUGUCCGGUCCACACACCGGACGGAGCGCCCUGUGGCUUGCUGAACCACAUGACAUCGGAUUGUACCGUUUCGGUGACGCAGAACCCGGAAAAGGUGCGCAACAUCGAGACAACGCUCGUCGCGAUGGGCAUGAUUCCGAUCGCACACUCGGGGCCGCAAGAAUCGGGCACCGAGCAGCCGCCCUACACUGUGAUGCUUGAAGGACGGAUACUGGGCAAGCUGCCCCGGGCCAUAGCCGGUGCGGUCGUGCAGCAGUUGCGACUACUAAAGAUUGCCGGCGAAACCAUUCCCAGCACGACGGAGAUUGCGUUUGUACCGGCUCGUGAAGGGGGGCAGUAUCCGGGCAUCUACAUGUUCGUGGGUCCAUCGCGAAUGAUGCGCCCGGUAAAGAACCUGGCGGCCGGCGGCACCGAACUGAUCGGAACGUUCGAGCAGGUGUACCUCGAUGUGUGCGUCAGCCCCGAGGAGGCCUACCCGGGGUUGACCACACACGCGGAGCUCUCCAAGACGGCCUUCCUGAGCAACCUGGCGCAGCUGAUACCGAUGCCGGAUUGCAAUCAAUCGCCGCGCAACAUGUACCAGUGCCAGAUGGGCAAACAAACGAUGGGCACGCCGUGCCACAACUGGGCGCUCCAGUGCAUAGCCAAGUUCUAUCGCCUGCAAACGCCGGCCACACCGCUCUUCCGUCCGGUGCACUACGACAACAUCGACCUGGACAACUACGCCAUGGGCACGAACGCGAUCGUGGCCGUCAUCUCGUACACCGGCUACGACAUGGAAGAUGCCAUGAUCAUCAACAAGUCGGCCUUCGAGCGUGGAUUCGCCGCCGGCACGGUCUACAAGAAUGAGUUUGUGACCAUCAAGGGGGACAACUUUUUCGCCCGUGACCCCAAAGAUAUCAGCCUGACGGUGGCGCUCGACAACGAUGGGCUCCCGUUCCAGGGUGCCGAGCUGACGGCCCAUACGCCGCUGUACUGCUACUUUGACACCAACGACCACCGGUACCACGUGGUCCGGUACACCAGCUCCGAACCGGCCAUCGUGGACAGUGUGAAGCUGUGCGCACCGCUCGAGCCAACGCGCGGCUCGUUCGGAGGGGCUUGGCGCGGUGGUGGCGCCCCGACCGAGAAACAGGCAGUCAUCACGUACCGCAUUCAGCGCAACCCGAGCGUCGGUGAUAAGUUCGCUUCGCGCGCCGGCCAGAAGGGUAUCUGUUCGCAGAAGUGGCCCGCCAUCGACCUGCCGUUCACCGAGUCGGGCAUGAUACCGGACAUUCUGUUCAACCCGCACGGCUUUCCGUCGCGUAUGACGAUCGCGAUGAUGAUCGAAACGAUGGCCGGCAAAACGGGCGCCUGCCACGGACUGGUGCACGAUGCGACACCGUUCCGCUUCGACGAGCGUAACACCGCGAUCGAUUACUUUGGCCGGCUGCUCGAGACCUCCGGCUACAAUUACUACGGAACCGAGCGCAUGUACAGCGGGGUGGAUGGGCGCGAAAUGCGAGCGGACAUCUUCUUCGGCAUCGUGCACUACCAACGGUUGCGCCACAUGGUGAGCGACAAGUGGCAGGUGCGAUCGACCGGACCGAUCGAUCAGCUGACACACCAACCGAACAAGGGCCGAGCGCGGGGCGGUGGCGUACGCUUCGGUGAGAUGGAACGUGAUGGGCUCAUCUCGCACGGAGCUUCGUUUCUGCUGCAGGAUCGACUGUUUCACGGUUCGGACAAGGUGACCACGAUCGUGUGCCGCAAGUGUGGCACACUGCUGGGCCCGCUCGAUAGCGUUACGCGCCGGAUGGCGAUCAAUUCGAACGAGUUCCAGCACACACCGGCCACUUGCCGGCUGUGUCAGGACGAGGGCGAAAUCGGACACGUCGAGAUACCGUACAUUUUCAAGUUCCUCGUCUCGCAGCUCACCUCGAUGAACAUCAACGUGAAGCUGCAGCUCUCCCAUCCGGACGUCUGA